AUGGAUCGCAUGCUCAACACAGUUACCAUAAAUGCAGGACUGAUUCUUGGACCUCAAGUCACUCAACAAAAUCUCGGGUCUACAAUGUCAAUCUUCAAGGUAAUGAUGUAUCAGCUCAGAGUUCUGGCAUUCGUUGACGUGAAGUUUCUUGUCAACAUUCAUAUUCGAGCUUUUGAGGAUCGUUCCACAUGCGGUCGGUAUUUCUGCUUCAGUGGGAUAGCUAACUCGAAGAUUGAAGCCAUUAAACUCACCCAAAGCUUAAGCCCUUUAAUAUCCUUGCCACCUAGGUAUGAAUGCCAAGGACGUGAUGUUUAUGCUGAGAGUUUGAGGACCAAGAAGUUAAACAAGCUAAUUGAGGGCACCACCACCUGCUAGUAAGACCAGGAUUAUUUGUAGCCAUCAGCAAAUGGAAA